UUAUAGAAAGCACGGCGUUUCUGUUCGAACAGUCGGAACGCUGAUUGGAAUAACAUCUCGUAGUUGGAAGUCAAUUGAGAUGAUGAAACCCAGCGAGACCAGUGGAUCCGCUUUCCUGAAGGUCGACCCUGCCUACAUGCAACACUGGAAGCAGCUUUUCCCCCAGACACAGCUGAAGAUCGGCUCCCUGACAGUGAUUCCCAGUCAGCUCCAGUCACUCGAUAGAGCUGGCCCGGCAAACGACAGCCUCCGCCAGCACUCUGGACCUCUCACCUCCUCAUCCGCCUCCUCGUCCUCUUCUUCGGCGUGUUCCCUGUCUUUCUCCGGCUUGACCCCGGUUUCUGUGCCGCAGAUCUCGGUGCUGGGGCAGCGCCCGGUUUCUGAUCCGCCCUCGGCGCUCAACGGCAACCAAGGCAAAGAACUGAGCUCCUCGGGGCCGGAGAGGAUCCCGCCAUUCUCCUUCACAACAGAAGACCUGGACUAUUACCUGUACGGGCAGCAGAGAAUGGAGAUCAUCCCGGUCAACAACCACACCACAGACCCCAAUAACCGUUGUGACAUGUGUGCUGACAAUCGGAAUGGUGAGUGCCCAAUGCAUGGGCCACUACACUCACUGCGUCGCCUAGUGGGUACAAGCAGCAGUGCAGCUGCACCUCCACCUGAUGUGCCGUGUGGCCUGCGUGAGUUGCCACGCGAAGUGUGCUUAUGUACAAGCACCGUGCCAGGCCUGGGCUAUGGCAUCUGUGCAGCACAACGCAUUCCACAGGGAACCUGGCUUGGGCCUUACCAGGGAGUUGCUAUCUCCAGAGAAAAAGUACAAGUUGGAGCUCUCAAGAACAGUCGUCAUCUCUGGGAGAUAUAUGAUCAGGAAGGAUCACUACAACACUUUGUUGAUGGCAGUGACCCCAACAAGUCUAACUGGAUGAGAUAUAUCCGAUGUGCAAGACAUUGUGGGGAACAGAACAUGACGGUUGUCCAGUACAGGUCAUGCAUCUUCUAUAGAGCCUGUGAUGACAUCCCGAGAGGAAUGGAGCUUUUGGUCUGGUACAAUGAUAGCUAUACCUCAUUCUUUGGGAUUCCUUUUCAGUGCAUUGCACAAGAUGACAAUUUGAAUGUCCCAUCAUCUCUUGUUGAUGUAAUGACCAGGCACGAGACGUUACAAUCGUUCAACAAAACUGGCAAAAUGCCACCCACUGGUGUAUACCGUUCACUGAGGUUUCCACAGACAUCAUGCAGCAAAUCACUGUGUGACAAACCUGGGCCCCAUGACUCCAUAGCUAACCACAUGAAUACGAAAAACCAACGAAUACUGGCAAGUCCAACCUCAACCAGUCAUUUAAGUGGAGAAUUCAGUGACUGGCAUCUAUGGAAAUGUGGACAGUGCUUUAAGACCUUUACCCAGCGGAUUCUUCUGCAGAUGCAUGUGUGUCCACAGAACCCAGACAGGCCUUACCAGUGUGGACACUGCUCUCAGUCAUUCUCCCAGCCUUCAGAAUUAAGGAAUCAUGUUGUAACCCACUCCAGUGACAGACCUUUUAAAUGUGGGUACUGUGGACGUGCCUUUGCUGGAGCUACAACAUUGAACAAUCACAUUCGAACACAUACAGGGGAAAAACCAUUUAAGUGCGAGAAGUGCGAUCGGAGCUUCACACAAGCCACGCAGCUGAGUCGGCACCAGCGGAUGCCCAAUGAGUGCAAGCCAAUAACAGAGAGCACAGAAUCAAUUGAAGUGGAUUAACUGAUUGACUGGCUGGAAUUAAACUGCAAGGAAAGUCAUGAUUAAAUGUCAUGGACACUUAAGCAAAACCAAAGAUUUCCUCUGAGCAACUUUCAAUCAGUCCCAGAAAACCAAAAGCAGUAAUAAAAUAAGUAAGAUGUUUAAAGAUAUUGAUCUUGGCAUGGGGAGAGAGAAAAACCGACCAGAAAAAAAAGAUUAUUUAUUUAUGAUUAGAGAUACGACUCAUUUCAGUGGACAAAGUCAAAAAAUGGGAGACUUGCAUAGAUUCUUAAGCCCAGAAUUUCUAAGAACCUUUUAACUGUUAUUUAAUACCAAAGCUAGAAAGAAAUAUUAAUUAGUGGAUUCAGCAAUCCACAGUUGUGACUGAGAAUGCACAUUGUUUUAUUGCACCUUUUUAAGCAUGACUUGAGGGACAUGGCUCCUUUCUCCUUUUUUUUCCAAUGGUAAUGUCUACAUAGUAAUAUGAAAAGCAAAACUUUGCAUUUUGAAUUAAAGAGUCCCAGAUUCAUUGUAAAAUACAAACAGAGAUCUGUUCAGUAUAUUUUCCUUGUCCAAUUAGGGCUUUCUGCAUUGUUCAGUACUCUACACCUUUCAAAAAUAAAACAGUCUUCCUAUUUUACUGAUCAGACAUUCAAAGUGUAAAACUGCAUCAAAGCAACAUUUAAUGAAAAUGUAUUGCUGUAGGACAGCUGCCAACCUGUCUGCCAGCAGAGCCACUAUAUCAGAGGCACGUAUGUAAGUUGGAACAAACAUUUGGCCAUAAAUUGUCUGACAGAAUAAUAAUUCAGCCUGUGUUUGCCUUAUGGGUGAAAUGCUUUUUUUGAUUACAUUAUCCUGCUUGAUUAAUUCUUCUAAACACAUCUAUUACUUUUGAGCACCAAAAUUAAUGUAAAACUAAUGAAAACAUGUUUAACAUUUGUUAAAUUACCAAUUCGGUACCAGAACACCUAAAAUGCAGAGUAAAGACAACACUGAGCUCAUAGCAUCUAACACGUUCCAAGCAAAAGGAUCUGUCUACACUUUCAUGUUGUGUGACCUCCAUUACAAUGGUGAAAUCAACCUAAAGUGAAUGAAGUUUGGUCAAUGAUGUGACUGAUGUGAGUCUGCUCCCAGUACUGAGGUCAAUACUUGUGUGUUUGGAAAAAGGGAGCCACGCACACUGAUCAUUCUGGUAUAUCUGUAACUCGAAGAAUGCAUAAUACACUUGACGUG